UUAAUAUUGAGUUGUGUUUAGAGCUAAGAAGAUUAAUCUGAAGUCUGAUUCCUAUAAAGUAGUAUAAAUGUCAGCUACAAUGAUAAUUUUUUACCUAUAACUCGCCUAUUACGUGAGUGUAGAUUGUGAAAUCUUACAGUCAGUCACCGGUUUGACGACAAAGAGCCGCGUGUGCGUGUUAAAUAUAAAUAAAAAUAUUUAAAAUUAUUGGCUUUCUUAUAUUGCUUGAGCCAAAAUAUUUGUUUUGGUUGGAUUUGUAUUAAAAGUAACAAAGGAAGAUCUCAAAAGGGUAACAUUGGCAUAACUAAACGCCUGAUGGUUUUUGUUUACCUAUAAUUAAGAAAAGAAAUAAAACAUAUUUCACCUGGCGGUAGACAACACUAAUGAUGUAUGAUAAUUAGCCUGAAAAUGUCGUUAAGACAACUUCAUCCUCUGUUGGCGGCGAAAGCCAGAGAGGAGUUGAACGAAGAACCAACGCGUAUCGAAGAAUGUUUAAGAUUGUUAAAGGAAUGGAUUGCAGUGCAACCGCAUUUGAAAGUCAGAACAGAUGACCAAUGGCUUGUGGCGUUUUUACGUGGAUGUAAAUAUAACUUAGAUAAGACGAAAACAAAAAUUGAUUUGUACUACACGUUACGGACGACGGCACCAGAAGUAUAUUGUAUUAAAUAUUCAGAACCAAAGAUCUAUAGAAUAUUAGAAACUGGAGCAAUUCUGACAAUGCCUAAGACCAAAGGACCAGCAGACCCCCGUGUAAUACUCUUAAGACCAGGAUGGUGUAAUCCAUCAGACUUCACUUUUAUGGAAGUGAUGGCUGUUAUGUUAUUUCAACACCAGAUAUCAUACAUGGAAGACGAUAACUUGACUGUGGCAGGGAUGGUGAACGUGGUUGACUUGAAGGGGACCUCGCUAUCGCACAUUAGACAAAUAUCAAUAUUUGAGAUAAGGAAAUUGAUAACAGUCACUCAGGACGCUGCAGCUACGCGGAUGAAGGGUGUCCACAUUCUCAAUACUAUGUAUUUCUUCGAAACCUGUUUUAAUUUGGUCAAGCAUUUUCUCAACGAUAAAAUUAGAAAAAGGUUUCAGAUACACAACAAAAACUAUGUGGAAUUUUAUAAAUGUGUGCCACGAGAAGUCUUGCCUGUUGAGUACGGUGGAGAGGGUGGCACCACGAGAGAGAUUAUAGAUUACUGGAAAAGAAAAUUUAGAGAGUACGAAGGUUGGUUACGUGAAGAUUUUGAAUACAAAUCGGACGAAUCACAGCGACGGAGAAGUAUGGCGAAAAUACGAGAAUUGAGCCCUGAAUUGGCUGAAAUCGCCAAAAAAGAAUUGAAUGAAAACCCAAAACGGACCGCAAACGACAUUCAGCAUCUCAAAGAUUGGCUAGCUAAAGAACCACAUCUAAGGGCUAGAACAGAUGAUCAAUGGCUUGUAGCUUUACUACGAGGAUGUAAGUUUAGUUUGGAAAGAGUCAAAGAGAAGUUAGAUUUGUAUUACACACUUCGGACAACUGCAGCUGAUGUGACACUUCGCCGUAAGCCAACGGAGCCGGAAUUUCUGGAAUUUCUAAGACUUGGAACAUGUCUUAUAUUGCCAAAGUCAAGCAAACUUCACCCUCGCGCUAUUUUGAUACGCGCUGGGAGAUUUGACAUAAACAAAUACGAUGUUACGGAUAUUAUGUGUAUCUUAUAUUACUUGGUUCAGAUAUUGGUAAUGGAAGAUGACGCUGCGUCAAUAGUGGGUACUAUAAUAGUAGUGGACUAUGAAGGGUGUACGAUGUCUCAUCUAACUCUAGUAAAUCCUAGUGUUCUCCGGAAACUCGUAGCCGUCAGCCAAGAUUCACUUCCACUUCGUCUUAAAGGGAGCCACCAUCUUAAUGUUCCGUCUGGCGUUGAAGUUAUUUUCAAACUCAUAUCAGGAUUCUUAAACAACAAAGCUAAGGAAAGGCUAAAAAUACACAAAACAUAUGAAGAAUUACACGGGGUGUUACCUAAGGAAGUGAUUCCAGUUGAAUAUGGAGGAAGCGGAGGAACAGUAGCAGAUAUAACUAAAUACUGGGAAAAUAAAAUAAUUGAAUACAAGGAUUGGAUGAGAGACGAAAUGAAGUUCGGAACUGAUGAGUCACUUCGGCUCGGAAAACCACAGGGUGUUGACAUUUCCAAUACAGGAUCCUUCAGAGCCCUUGAAAUCGAUUAAUGUAUAAGAUUAUUAAAUAAUAAUUAGUUUAAACGCAUUUAGAGUUUACUUCCACACUAGAUCGGGUGUAGCAAGUUUAAGGGUGUUACUUGAAAAGAUUAUAAAAAAAUAUAAUAUAUUUGACAGAA